AUGGUAUCAUCAACUGUCAAAAUAAAGCCGCAAACGGACUCUUUGAGUCCUGAGGUUGUAGACCGAAGCGGCGAGGUCGUAGACCGUGAUAAAACAUUUACGAGGAAUUUUUGCUUAACAUCAAGUGAUUCGUUCAUCUCUGAUUGGAUUGAGUUUUUAUUUUCAACCUGUUCAUUAGUUGCUAAAUCAAAUAUUGAACAAUAUGAAGAAUUAAUGAAGCCGCAAACAGACCAAACGGCGGGGACUUUGUCCCAUACAUUAAAUGAAAAACAAAAGGAAGCAUUUAAAGAACUUUUAGAUGAGGGAUUCAAUAAAGUGAAUAUCAUAGGUUUUAAUUCAGGAAAGUUUGAUUUAAAUUUAAUUCUUCGUGAUUUAAAUACUGCAAAAUGGAAAAUAAAAUCAAUGCUGGGUUCUUCUUCACAAUUUAAGCAAGUCAUAGUAAAGAAAACAAACUGUCCAUAUGAAUUAAGAUUUAUUGACAUCAGAAAUUAUAUAGCGGGUGGGACAUUAGACCAAUUCACUCAAGAUUUCGGAAACAAUAAAUCACGUGUUAAAUCCUUUUUCCCUUAUCAAUUCAUCACAUGGGAGAAUUACGAAGAUGAAUUAUAUAAAAAGGAACCAUUCACUCAAGAUUCAUUUUAUUCAGCAUUAACACAAGAAACAAUAUCCGAUUCAGAUUAUCAAAUAUAUCUCAAUGAUGCUAAAAAUUUUAAGAAUAGAUUAGAAUAUUUUAUUCAUUAUUGCAAUAAAGAUGUUGAAAUUAUGAUUGACCCAAUUGAUAAAAUUAUCGAAGAAACAUUUGUUUAUAAAAUUGAUAUGCUUCAUAAUCUUUCUUUAUCAUCGAAUGCAUCAAUGAUUCGUUACGCGUUAGCAUAUAAAGACUUUAAUCCUAACGAAACAUAUCCAGAAGAAGAAAAUGUGGAAUCAAGUUUUGAAUUAACAAAAAAGUAUUGGAAAUAUAAAAUUGAAUCAUAUAAGAAACAAGAUGAAAAAGCAGAAAGAGAUACUAAAAAUAAUGUUUCAAUGGAUGA